AUGCCAGCCGCACUCAAGCGCACCCGCACACCCUCUCCAGAUCGUCUUCGCCGCUCACUGUCCCCUCUCACCCCGCCCCCGCCGAGUUCGCGCCGCCCAUCCUCGUCCAAGGUCAAACUCGAAGCCACUUCCUCCUCUGCCGAGAGCCCACACAAAUCAAAGAAACUGCAACUGCUAGCGACGUAUGCCUCUACCUCGCCCUUUCCCGACUUUGCGCGGCCUACGCCAAUCGAAGCGCACGAAGUACACCGCCUGCUCUUGAGCCAGUUCCCCGAGCUGGCCACGAAGAAGAGGAAAGCAGACGAGAAGAACAACGCCGCCGGGACUUGCGGCGGCGUACCGAACGUAAUCGAAAGUCUUAUAGGCAUGUCUCGCCACAACACAUCCUCCAAGAACUCCACCGGCGCCAAACGUUCCCUUGAUGCUGCUUUUGGGCGUAACAAUUUUGCCGCCAUUGCCGACGCCCCACGCGAGCGCGUCGUGGAUGCUAUCCGGCACGGCGGACUCGCGAACAAGAAGGCCGGCGUCAUUCAAAAUCUGCUAAAAGAAAUCAAAGCGCGGCAUGGAGAUUACUCUCUACAACAUCUGGCCUCCAGACCGUCAAAAUCAGCACUCUCGGAUGACGAGAUCAUGCACGAGCUAGUUUCGUACGACGGCGUCGGCCCUAAGACCGCGUCAUGCGUCCUCCUCUUCUGCCUCGAACGUCCUUCAUUCGCAGUCGACACGCACGUGUUCCGCCUGUCUAAGAUGCUGGGCUGGGUGCCUGCGAAGAGCGAUCGAGUGUUGGCCCAAGCCCACCUGGACGCGCGUAUCCCGGGAGAGCUCAAAUAUGGGCUACACUGUGGUUUCGUGAAGCAUGGUAGGGUGUGUCCAGCGUGCAAAGCGGGGCCGAGUGGAGGGGGCAAAGUCGAAUGUGUUUUGCGAAGGUGGAUCAGGGAGAGGGGAUGGGAACCGGAGGAGGAGGAGGGUGGGCAGGACGCCAAAGUGAAAGUGGAGGAUGGCGUAGUAGACAUUCUGAAGGAGGAGGGAGCGGAAACACGACCCCGAUCGAGGAAGAGGAUCAAGACGGAGGAGUAUUAGAUCUUACAUCUUACAUUCUGUUCCGAUUUACGCGUAUCACAUGAUCGCGUCAGUGCCGUUGCCCGAGCCGACGGUGC